AAUAUCAUUGUUCUAUAAAAAAUCUUCUACUGCACCGGAAUUUUUGUUGUAGCACUGCAGAUUGUUACGCUUGUUCGAAGUAAAUUCUUAUUUUCUGCAUUCCGAGAACCAUGAACUAGUUCGGUGCGUUGAUUGGUGUUUUGAGUGUAGAGUGAAUCACGCGUUAUCAAAUUUGAUGUGAUGUAUUUCGUACGGUUCGAUAUUUUAUUAAAAAAUUGACGUGUGUUCGAGUCUUCGAGAGUAAAGUAUCGAGUGAUGGAAAUGCCGAUGAAAAAUCACAAUGGUGCGCUUAUCUAUGAAUCGUAUAAAAUAUCAUAGGGUGAGGAAGAUGAGCGACGUAUGCGUUCCAGAUGAUAUUAUCCUUAUAAAUAAAGAUAUUCUUGAUGAGACUGAUAAAUCAGAUGAGAGCGAUAUGUGGCUGAAAACGAGCGAUGCCAGCUCAAUGUGCGCCGAAGAUGUAGCCUCUAAGUUACGAAUAGACUGUCGAAUGGGCUUAGGAUGGAACGAGGCGGACCUUAGAAGACAGCUAAUCGGUUAUAACGAAUUUUCAUUCAAAGAGGAAGAUCCGCCGUGGAAAAAAUACAUCGAACAGUUCAAAAAUCCUCUAAUUUUAUUGCUAUUAGCUUCAGCAUUAGUCAGCGUUUGUAUGAAGCAAUUUGACGAUGCCGUCAGUAUUACAGUGGCUAUUAUUAUUGUCGUGACGGUGGCUUUUAUUCAGGAGUACAGAUCUGAAAAAUCUCUCGAAGAAUUAAAUAAAUUAGUUCCUCCUACUUGCCAUUGCCUGAGAGAAGGUAAAUUAGAAACGUUUUUGGCGAAAAACCUGGUACCUGGAGAUAUCGUGUACUUGAACGUUGGAGAUCGAGUUCCAGCCGAUUUGAGACUGUUUGAGGCUAACGACCUUGCCAUCGAUGAAAGCAGCUUCACUGGUGAAACGGAACCAUCGCUAAAGGAUACCCAACUGGUGCUCAAGCCGAAUGGCCACACUACUAUGAAGAAUAUCGCUUUUAUGGGCACCCUGGUGAGGUGCGGUAAUGGCAAAGGUGUCGUGAUAAAUACUGGCGAAAAAUCAGAAUUCGGCGAAGUAUUCAAAAUGAUGCAGGUGGAAACGGCUCCUAAAACACCGCUGCAAAAGAGUAUGGACUCGUUGGGAGCUCAACUAUCGUUUGUCUCAUUUUGCAUCAUCGGAUUCAUCGUGUUUCUCGGAUGGAUGCAAGGCAGACCGAUUUUAGAUAUGUUUACGAUCGGUGUAAGCUUGGCCGUUGCUGCGAUACCCGAAGGAUUACCUAUUGUGGUUACGGUUACACUUGCCCUAGGAGUAUUACGGAUGGCCAGAAGGAAAGCCAUCAUUAAAAAAUUACCAACGGUUGAAACUUUAGGCUGUGUUAAUGUUAUAUGCUCGGAUAAAACUGGGACCUUAACUAAAAAUGAAAUGACAGUUACGUGUAUAUUGACUGCAGAUGGGUAUUAUGCCGAUGUUACCGGUACAGGAUAUAAUACGCAAGGAGAAGUACAUAUUUUAAAUGCGGCUGAUAUCGAUGGUGCCAAAGCAGCGAUAUGUAAACUUUUAGAAGUCGCUGUAGUGUGUAAUAACGCCGUUAUCACUAAUGAUAAAUUAUUAGGACAGCCUACCGAAGGUGCUUUGCUAUUUGCUGCCAUGAAAUAUCAAUUAUACGGUGCCAGCGAUCGUUACAUUAGGUUACAAGAAUUUCCAUUUAAUUCCGAACAAAAAAUGAUGGCUGUAAAGUGCGUUCCAAAAUACGAAGAGAACAAACAAGAAUUAUUUUUCGUAAAAGGAGCUCCAGAGAAAAUAUUACAACAAUGUACCAAGUACAGUCAUCGUGGCACUGAUUUAAAUCUAGAUACAAAUCGUGAACAAGAAUUUCUCGCCGAAAUUAUCGAUGUUGGUAGAAAAGGUCUCAGAGUGGUUGCUUUCGCUAAAGGCAGCUCGUUACAAGAUCUUGUUUAUUUGGGUAUCGUCGGUAUUUGCGAUCCUCCUAGACCAUUCGUACGUGAAGCCAUACAAACCCUUCUACAAUCCGGAGUCAAGGUUAAGUUGGUAACUGGCGACGCUCAAGAGACUGCUAUUGCCAUAGCUGGUAUGGUCGGACUGGAUACCAUACACGGCCAAUGUUUAUCCGGAGAUCAAAUUGAAAAAUUACCCGAACAUCAGUUAGAACAAACUGUGAACAAUGUUACUGUAUUUUAUAGAGUUACGCCGAGGCAUAAGUUACAUAUCGUUAAGGCUUUACAAGCAAACGGAGUGAUUGUAGGGAUGACCGGUGAUGGUGUGAAUGACGCUGUUGCGUUGAAAAAGGCCAAUAUCGGAAUAGCUAUGGGUAAAAAUGGCACCGAUGUUUGUAAAGAAGCAGCUGAUAUGAUUUUAGUCGACGAUGAUUUUCAAACCAUUUUAUCUGCCAUCGAAGAAGGUAAAGGAAUAUUUUACAAUAUACAGAAUUUCGUGCAGUUUCAAUUGAGCACCAGUAUCGCGGCCAUGUCACUGAUUGCGCUCUCGACCAUUAUGCAAAUCGCGAACCCGCUGAACGCGAUGCAAAUUUUAUGGAUUAACAUCAUCAUGGACGGACCACCAGCUCAGAGUUUAGGAGUCGAACCCGUCGACCACGAUGUCAUUCGUAAAAAACCGCGUAACGUUAAAGAACCAAUGAUCACGCGUUCGUUGAUCUUCAAUGUACUCUCAUCGGCCAUAAUUAUUAUCACCGGUACAUUGUGGAUUUUCAGGCGAGAGUUGAACGAUAACGUUAUCACGAAACGAGACACAACGAUGACAUUCACAUGUUUCGUGUUCUUCGAUAUGUUUAACGCGUUGAGCUGUCGAUCUCAGACUAAAUCUAUUUUCAAGAUUGGCUUCCUAUCCAAUCGUCCGUUUUUACUGGCCGUUGGUCUGUCAGUAUUGGGUCAAUUGUUAGUCGUUUACUUCUUUCCGUUACAAAGUGUUUUUCAAACUGAAGCUUUGACCGGUUAUGAUUUAUUGCUUUUAUUGGCUGUAACAUCGACAGUAUUCAUAAUUUCCGAAGUGAGAAAAUUAAUCGAGAACCAGUUAUGCGCCAGGACGCGAAAAAGGCCUUGUAUGAGUCUAGUGUGAAAAUUGGACAUUGACGACGACGCCGAUAAUAUUUCGAUAACAUUAUUGUGGCGGUCUCGCCGAAGAGUUUUCCGACGAGUUCUUUUUAAUCGUACAUUUGGUUUUUAAAAAAAUGAAAAUUCAUAUAGUAUUGAAAAAUAUGAAUAAAUCGUAGUAAGUAGUAUUGACGUCGUUGGCGGUAUUAACGGUUAAAAUUGUGAUUUUUAUACGCUGAUGACAAUUUUAGGUCCGAUAUAUGUUCCUAUUAUAAUUUAGAUUUUAAAAAAUCAUUAUUUCUCAUAAUAGCCGUCAUUCAUUCGUAUACUAUGUACUAUCCUCUCAUCUUUUCGUUUUGAUUUACCUAAUAUGUGACAAUCAGUGGCGUAUUAUUCUUUUGUCGUAAUAUUUAAAAAAUAGGCAGCUUCGAUGAUUUUUUCAAAAUACCAUUUAUUCGUUUUUAAUUGUAUAGAUAUCAUGUUUAUUAAUUUGUUGAUUCUAUGUAAUGCAGAUUUCUCUAAACGUAUCGUUAAAGUGUCGAUUUACCUUUUAGAUUACCUAUGUGAAUUUGUGCUUGAACAUUCUGAUUAUCGAAAUACCUAAACCUAUGUAACCUUAAUACGGUCAAUUCGUGUCAAUUGAUGUGAUCAUGUAACUGGAAACAAAAGAUCAAAUAAGAUGAGAAAAAUGAUCAUUUAUUGUGCCCGGAUCAAUAAUAUAAUUUUGAAAAAUUCGACGAAUUUACGUAUGUUCUAUUCGUAGUAAUUAUUCAGGCUGUGCUGAAAGGUCGAGUUCCAAAGAAUAUUUUCUUUUUUUAAUUUCACCGAUCAAGUGUUUUAUUUUUAAUAAGUGUAGCUCUUUGUGAAUGUGUAUGUGUACCAAAGUGUUAUAAUAUCGAUGGAAAUAAUAGGUAAUUUCUCUGAGAAACAUAUUGAAAAAUUGUAUGUUUUUUCGUCUGUUAUUGUUAUAAUUAUUUAUGAUUUGAAUUUUGUUCUGUGUAAGUUAUUUCACUGUUCAUUGAACCUUUAAUAAUUGUGAGUUGAACAUUUACGUUACAUUUUAUUUUAUUUUUACAUAUCAUUCGUUUUUUUUUAUUUAAAUUUUUGUAAAGAUGUUUCUAAGCUGUUCUCUCACGUUUUGUAAAUUUUCUCAUCUGUAUUUAUUUAUGAGUGUUUCGUAGAAAUGUGAUGUUUGGCUUUGUAUUACAUGUAUAAUGCUGAA